CCAGCAGCAGCGCGUGCAGGUGUGGCAGCGAUGUCAACCCGGAAGUGAGUUGUUGUCAACAUUGCGGGACGCGGCGGCCGUUGAGUCUUUCGCUCCUCCGUCAGAAACGAUGCCUGGAAGCUGCAGCCCUCAAAGAUUUGGCUACACGGUCGUGAAGUUCAUCUUGUUCUCCUACGCCUGCGUGUUUUGGCUUAUAGGCACAUUUAUCCUGGCCAUUGGCAUCUAUGCAGAGGUGGAGCGACUGCGUUUUAAGACCCUGGAUGGUUUGUUUUUGGCCCCGUCUAUAAUCCUCAUCCUGUUGGGAAUUGUGAUGUUCAUCGUUUCCUUCAUUGGAGUUUUGGGUUCACUGAGGGAUAACCUGAAGCUUCUGAAUGUGUUCAUGUUCACCCUGCUAGUUUGCCUGAUCCUGGAGCUGCUGGGAGGAAUAUUGGGACUGGCGUUUCGUAAACAGACUCUUGACUUGGUGAACAAAAACAUCAGUAACGGCAUAAAAAACUACUACGAUGACCUCGACUUCAAAAACAUCUUGGACUUCGUCCAGAAGAGGUUUCAGUGUUGCGGCGGUAAAGAUUUUCAAGACUGGCAAGUCAACAUAUACCACAAAUGUCCUGGACGUGGACCGCUGGCCUGUGGAGUCCCAUAUACCUGCUGUAUAACCCAGCCUAAUGUAGUGGUCAACACUCUGUGUGGGCACGACGUCUUGAAUAAAACGCGGCCAGAUGCGAUGAAGGAUAUCUAUGCGAGAGGCUGCACAUUUGCGUUCAUGCACUGGAUGGAGGACAACUAUACAAAGAUGGCUAUACUGUUGUUGGUUAUCCUCCUGCCUCAGUUUUUUGGGGUGCUCGUUACCUGGCUGUACAGGAAUCAGGUCUUAGAAACGCAACGUGAGUGGGACCAGCAGCCUGACGAAGUGAAGGAGCAGCUGACUUACAAUUCAAAUGUUAAGCGGGGCCGGAUUUCCAAAUGGUAUAAGUGUAUGCCAAAUAAGUAAACGCAAACAGUGACUCCAGCUGAAUGACUGCGUGGUCAGUAAACCAAAUAGAUUCAGCUCUUUCUUUUUUUCUUCCCCUUUCUUAAACUGUUGUUUGUAUCUCCAUUUUGUCUCAUGUAUAAACAUAGAAACCAAAGACUUUAUGUACAUCUGUCAGGAGUUUUGUUGAUGACGCCUUCAAAUGUUUGUGUGUUUUCUCCUCAUCCAGGGUUAAAUCCUUUGGUAAUUGUUUGCUGCCCAGUUUUGUAAAGCCUGUUGAGAUUUAAGACAUUGUUACUGAACUUUAAUAUCCUAAAUUUCAAUUUAGCUCAAGGUUAGUUUGUAACAUUUGUAAAAUGCAGUAUUGAUGUUGGUUUGGAGUUCAUCAAGUUUAGCCAUUUUAAUCAUUAUAAACAUAAAUGCAUGUCUUACUAGUAGAGGCAUGGUUACUGCUAUAUCAAAUAGUAAUCUCAGGGUCAACAGCAGGUUUUCAUGUGACAACAGUAGCAGACAGAUUUUAGCUCCAAAUACAAAAUGAGAUUCUUCAGCCUGCUUUAAGUAUGUACAAUCUCUCUAUUAUGCAGUGCAAACUAAUUAUAAAGUUGGCUGAGCUGAAGAUGCAGGCUAACAAAAAUUUUCCAUCAAAGCAACAUUAGCAUAACAAAUUAUAUUUUUUGCCAGUUUAGAUGAGGUUUCCUUCCAGCAUAUGUUUACAAUUAUCGCCAAAAAUGUUCAUAAAGCCUUUAAAUAAAUUCAUCCUUUGUUGCAGUAGAGUAAUAUUACUCCUAUAAAUUAGAAAAAUACAACCUUUAAUUUAAAUACAUCUGUUCAGUCAUAGAUAAAUUAAAUUAGGAUAUAAUUAUUUUGAGAAAAAUAGCAGUUUUACAGUUGUUGAUGCUCCUAGAAAUAUUUUGAGCCCCCUUCUUGGCUAUAAAACAAAGCUUAGUCUUAAUGUUUUAGUCUUUAUAAAAUCUCUCCUGAGUUUUCUCAUGUUCUCCGCUCUGUAGAUUUAAGUCUGAGGGAACUGAGAUGGGGCUAAAGAAAAGUUGAUUUUGCAUCAUUUUUCUGCUUAAAGAUCCUGUGACGACAUGUUUUCAGGUCCAACAGGUUUUUAUUUCAAAGGUGCCAAAGAACCAUAAUCUUACUGUCAUCUGACUAAAAGCAAAUAAUUUCAGUUUAGCGAACUCAACAUGUUUGUUGUUUUCAUUUUAACGGACAGAAAAGGAGUCUUUUGUAAUCAGUCAAACUCCAAAUUACUCGCUCUGUGAAAAUUGUUUUAAAAACUUGAUGACCCCAAAAUGGUGCUACUUGCUGCAUUUUUCUAAUGAUGAGUUUCAGAGGGAGUUGGUUGUUUUAUUUAGUUUAUUUUCACUUCUUUGACUUGAUUGUUAUGCAUGUUUACAAGUGGCUUGAUGAAAUCAACUUCUGUGUUACACUGUAUUGAUUCCCCAGGGAAACGGGAAGUGUUGGCUUUCUGAUUGGGAGUUCAGACGAUCUCAAGUUAACAAUUAUCUUAAUAGAUGCACCCUGUAAUAAAUGUGUUCAAAUUAAAAGUUUUAUUUUUCCAAAAUGGUUGUUUGACAGGUUAUUCUACAGUUUUGAGCAUUUUUACCUGAGGUGCCAAUAAAUUAUUAUUUGUGCUUGUAACAUUUGAAUGUCUGUUCUUGAGUUUUCUGAAAUAAGCGAAUUUCUUCUCCUUGAAAUCGAUCGCAUUUGAUUUGAAGUUCUUUUUGCGAUGCUUGAUUAAGAUUCAUAUUUUUAAGGUGUGCUUGUUAAAAGGGCUUUGGUUUGGUGGUAAUUUAAAGACGACGGGAUCGAAAGGGAAUUAAUUUGAUUAAAAAUAAAUCUUUUAAGUUUUUUGUCUGAUUUUGCACUACAUUAAUAUUCAUAUGUAUAUCUGUAUUAGGUGGUUUAAUUAACACAAUCCUAGUGUGAAGUAAAUUUGGGUUAUAUCUUUUUUUUUUCCUCAUGGUGCAACUAACAAGACAUGAGGGGUUAUUUUUCUACACCUGUGAACUUUUAAGCUGAAAAUGUUGUUUGUUUUAAAUGUGUAUUGCCUUUUUUCUACUAAAACAAUAAAGCUACAUGUAUUUUCCACAUAAAGCAACACUCCAUUCAUUUCUCUUUGAAAAUGUGUAAUUUAUGACGACGUAACCAUUUCUGCUUUCCAGUAAACUCCGUUCACAACACUAACAGUGACGAACAGGUUGGAUUUCAUAAAGAAACGAUAAAAGUAUCAAUAUGAACAUGUUAACGAAGAAAAUGCUGUAAAUUUAAACGACUUAAAGCUGCAGUGUUUCUCUUUAAAGAUCCGUCAGUUUUGUAGUUUCUGCUCAUGUCUCAUAUCAGUAAAGUUUGUGUACAAAGUGCCUUAAAAAAAUAUUCAUAACCUCUGAAAAUUGUUUGAUUUUUGAGCUAAAACUUCAAUCUUCAGUGUGUUUUAUUGUAAGACUGUUACAUAUGGUCUGAUUAGACUUUAUAAUGCUAAUGCAAACAGUUUUAAGAGGUUUAUCCCAUUUUACCCUUAAAUAGAAUCCAGUGCAGCCAUUUAUGCAUGUAUAUUAAAUAAAACAAUAAAAUUCACUGUAAAUUUAAAAUGUACAAGAAUACGACAUUCUAGUCUCUCAGUACUGUGACAACUUCAAUCUGGGUCAAAGGUCAUUCGUUCGUAAUGCUCAGUCACUGUGCCAACUUAAACUUAGAGAAAUAUCAUAGUUUGACCAUUUACGGUGUAAAUAAAACCCAAUGCAUGGUGUUAUUGUUUGGCUUCCAUUUUGAAUGUGAUGGAAUUAAAAAUACAUUUUCUCAAAAGGGAUUUUAAAUAAAUGAUGGUUGUUGCCAUACUGUGCAUUUUCUGGGGCGGCCUUUGUACUUAGUUUCUACAUUUUUCAUGUCAAAGUAAACAAACCUUAUAUAUGAACUUAUGUAUGAACUAAAGAACAGAUUACUAAGAAUUAUUACGUGUGUUGAAAUGAUCU